AUGUUUGAUUCAAUAUCACAACCAGAUAUGAAUGGAGUUAUUAGCACUCUCGAUGACAAGGACUUAUACAAGCAAGUUAUCUCAAAGUGUUCAAAAGUAUCAGCAGCAGGCCUAGAUAUUAUCACAUAUAGCAUAAUCAAAGCUCAUCCAGACAAAUUUGCUGAGAUUAUAGCAAUGAUAUCGCAGAAGAUGCUCGAAUUAGGGAAGUUCCCACUGCUCUGGUGCAAAGCGAGAUCCAAUCUCAUUUAUAAGGGAGGUGAUCUAGGUCACACUGGAAGCUAA